AUGGACGAUUCUGUCGUAAUUAAAGAACCGCCAAUCACCUGUUGUUCCAGGAUCACUGGAUUCAUUUCGUGCUAUUGGCGGAUGUUAAUUGUUUGCACAACGCCAUUCGCCUUUUUGCCAAUUAUGAUUUUUAACGAAGGAACGGCAUAUCGCUGCAUGUAUGUCGUUCUCUGUAUGGCAGUUUUUUGGAUAACCGAAGCAAUUCCGAUGGCAAUUACGGCUCUCAUUCCGACGGUGGCUUUUCCGAUGCUCGGCAUUCUCGACACCGACGAAGUUUCCAUGGCAUACUUCAAAGAAACGAUGUUGAUGUUCAUCGGUGGCAUUAUUAUCGCACUCGCUGUCGAAUAUUGCAACUUACAUAAACGUGCGGCCUUUAAAUUCAUCUGCUUAAUUGGUUGCACUCAGCGAAAAUUGCAUUUUGGUUUGUUGAUGAGCACGAUGUUUGCGUCGAUGUGGAUUUCGAAUACUGCUGCGACGGCAAUGAUGUGUCCCAUUAUCCAAGCGGUACUGGAAGAGCUCGAAAAGGAGGGAAUUUGCAAGAUGUACGAGGAAAAAGAGCCGAAACGCAUCGAAGACGGAGAAUUAGUUGAUGAAGAACCGCCACGACCUUCGAAAACUACAAUUUGCUUCUUCCUUGGCACCGCUUACGCUUCCACGAUGGGCGGAUGUGGCACUUUAAUCGGCACUGGAGUCAAUCUUUCGUUCAAGGGCAUCUACGAAAGUGCUUUUCCCAAUGCGCCAGGCUUGGAUUUCCCCAAAUGGAUGUUCUUCAAUAUCCCGGGCAUGCUGAUUUUUACGUGUCUCACGUGGGUUUACCUCCAAUGGCUGUACAUGGGAUUGUUCCGACCCAAUAGCAAGGAAGCCAAGGAGUGUAAUAUCGGAGAAGCUGGCGAAAAAAUCGCACGGGACGUUAUUGAAGGACGUUUAAAGGCUUUAGGACCCAUGUCGAAUCAUGAAAUUUCCGUUGCAAUCCUAUUUUUGCUUGGUGGCGUCUUGUUUUUCACACGACAACCUGGAUUUAUGACCGGCUGGGCGGAUUUAUUCCCGGAUCGUGAUGCAACUGGGGGUGAUAUCAAGAUUAAAGAUGCAACGGCAGCCAUUUUCAUUGUCAUCAUGUUCUUUUUGUUUCCCAUCACGUGGAGUUGUUUGAAUUUUUGUCGUCGAAAUCCGGAGAGACUUCCUACGAAAGAGACCCCAGCAUUGAUUUCAUGGAAAUUUAUUCAUGAAAAAGUCCCGUGGAGUCUAAUUUUCUUGCUGGGAGGCGGAUUUGCCUUAGCCAAGGGUGGAAGUGAGUCCGGAAUGUCAGCUAUGCUCGGGAAUUCCUUGACACCCCUGAAAAAACUACCAAAAUUCCUUGUUUUGUUGAUUAUUUGCAUCGCUGGCAAGUGCAUGAGUGAAUUUACCUCGAACGUGGCCAUUUCCAAUAUUGUGCUGCCAGUUCUUGCUGAAAUGGCGAUCGCUUUUGAGACGCAUCCUUUGGCUUUGAUGUAUCCUGCUGCCCUGAGUUGCUGCUUUGCCUUCCACAUGCCAGUUGGGACACCACCGAAUGCAAUUGUUGCCGGCAUGGCAAACAUUCGAACACGAGAUAUGGCAAUUGCGGGCAUUGGUCCGUCGAUUUUUACACUCGUUACGGUCUUGGUGAUGUUCAACACAUGGGGCAACGUCGUUUAUCCGGACUUGGAUGAGUUUCCGCAAUGGGCACGAGAUCAGUUGGCAACAAAAAAUGAUACAUUUUACUAG